AAUAUUUAGAUGUAAUGAGUAAUGGUAAACAAGGAUUUAUUGCUGUUCAUGUAGGUGCAGGACGGCAUUCAAAAGCUCUUAAGGAAAAAUAUAAAAAAUUAUGUCGUCAAGCAUGUGAAGCUGGUAUGAAGAAUUUGAGGAGUGGUGGUAAUACAUUGGAUGCAAUAGUAGAGACAAUAAUGAUAUUAGAAGAUUCUCCUUUAACAAAUGCUGGGUUUGGUUCUAAUCUUACUUUAGAAGGAACAGUAGAAUGUGAUGCCAGUGUUAUGGAUGGCACUACAUUACAAUUUGGAGCAGUUGGUGCAGUUAGUGGAAUAAAAAAUCCUGUUCUGUUAGCAAAAUGUCUUUGUGAACAACAGUCAAUUAAAAUUGCAUAUGGCAGAAUACCGCCAAGUUUUUUAGUUGGCAACGGAGCACAUGUAUGGGCAGAAGAAAUGGGAAUACAAACAUUACCUCCAGAACAAUUAAUUUCAAUGAAAGCACAGAAAAUAUAUAAGCAUUAUAAAAGGAAAGUAGAAGACUCUAGUAUGGAAGCCCACAAAUGUGCUAAAAGAAGAAUGGAUACUGUCGGUGCCAUAUGCGUUGAUGAAGAUGGAAAUAUUGCUGCAGCCUGUUCUAGUGGUGGUAUAAUUUUAAAAUAUCCAGGAAGAGUAGGCCAAGCUGGAGUAUGGGGAUGUGGUACAUGGGCAUAUAAAGGAAAAUACUCAAUAGGAACAAGUACAUCAGGCUGUGGGGAACACUUAAUUCGUACUUCAUUAGCACGCACAGUUGCAGAUGCUAUUUCAGACAGCCCUUGUCCAACUACCAGUUUACAUCAUGCCAUGAAAGUUGACUUUAUCGAUUCAAAAUUUCUGUGUGAACUUGAACAAAAACUUGGAGGUGUUAUUGCUAUUCGAUUUGCACCACAGGAAGGAUUAGGAGAUUUUUUAUGGAGUCAUUCAACUGAUUCAAUGAUAAUAGGUUAUAUGAAUUCUACAGAACAGUCAGCAGUGAGUCACAUGUCUAGCCUAUCCUCUCACGAAGUUGGAAAGAAAGCAGUUGUAGAAGGGAUAUGUUUUAAAAUUAAUGGAAGUAUUGACACUUAGAAAUAGUACAUGAUUAGAUAUAAUCGACGAUAUAGCGGACUAACUAUUACCAACAAGAUACUUCACUCAAGUGUAACACGCCAUUUUUAUGUAAUUUGGAACAGAGGUAGUUACUGAAACAUAUUUGACACGUAUAUUUUUAGCUGCCCACAUUCAUAUCUACGGUAGAAAUAUUACACUUGUGGUGGGAUUUUUUACACAGGAAACAAUUAAAACAUUAA